AGAGAGAGAGGGAGGAGGGGGCUGCACGUGACCACCGCCCGCCGUCCCGAUUGGCCUCCGCGCGAGCAGGGCGGUUGAUACUGGUGCCGACCGGUUGGGGCUGGUUUUUUUCCCCGCGCAAGCGCAGCCCGUCCCGCGGAGAGAGGAGGAGAGAGUGGGAGAAGGGCGAUGGCGGCGGACGGGAGCCCUGACGCGGGCCUAGCCGGGAUGGGCGAGGAGGCGCGCGGGGAGCCGCAGGGCGCGCCCGGAGGGAGCCCCGACCCCGUCGCCCCCGCCUCAUCCGUCGCCGCCUCCGCCAGCGAGCAGGCCUCGGUCAGGCCCGACGCAGCGGGGCCGGAAGCGGAUCAGGAGCGCGUUGGCGCCGCGGUGAGCAGCCGGGGAGCGCGGCGCUUUCUCUGCGGGGUCGUGGAAGGAUUUUAUGGAAGGCCUUGGGUUAUGGAACAAAGAAAGGAGCUUUUUAGAAGACUUCAAAAAUGGGGACUAAAUACAUAUCUAUAUGCACCAAAAGAUGACUACAAACAUAGGAUGUUUUGGCGAGAAAUGUAUUCUGUGGAAGAAGCUGAGCAGCUCAUGACUCUGAUCGCAGCUUCUCAGGAAUAUGAGAUAGAGUUUAUCUAUGCCAUUUCUCCUGGGCUCGAUAUUACCUUCUCAAACCCUAAGGAAGUGUCUACAUUGAAACGCAAGCUGGACCAGGUUUCCCAGUUUGGUUGCAGGUCUUUUGCAUUAUUGUUUGAUGAUAUUGAUCAUAAUAUGUGUGCAGCAGACAAAGAGGUGUUCAGCUCCUUUGCUCAUGCCCAGAUUUCAAUCACAAAUGAAAUUUUCCAGUAUCUAGGAGAGCCAGAAACAUUCCUGUUCUGUCCCACAGAGUAUUGUGGCACUUUUUGCUAUCCAAAUGUUGCCCAGUCUCCUUAUUUACGAACUGUCGGAGAAAAGCUGUUACCUGGAAUUGAUGUGCUAUGGACAGGUCCCAAAGUAGUAUCUAAAGAAAUUCCUGUGGAAUCCAUUGAAGAAGUUUCUAAGAUAAUUCGCAGAGCUCCAGUCAUCUGGGACAACAUUCAUGCUAAUGACUAUGAUCAGAAAAGAUUGUUUCUUGGGCCAUAUAAAGGUCGAUCUACAGAACUCAUUCCACGCUUAAAGGGGGUCCUGACCAAUCCAAACUGUGAAUUUGAAACCAAUUUUGUUGCUAUUCAUACUCUUGCAACCUGGUACAAAUCCAAUAUGAAUGGAGUGAGGAAAGAUGUUGUAAUGACUGACACAGAAGACAGUACAGUUUCAAUCCAGAUUAAACUGGAGAAUGAAGGGAGUGAUGAAGAUAUUGAAACAGAUGUUCUCUACAGUCCGCAGAUGGCCUUGAAGUUAUCACUAACAGAGUGGCUGCAAGAAUUUGCAGUACCUCAUCAGUACAGCAGUCGACAAGUGGCUCACAGUGGGGCUAAAACAAGUGUUGUGGAUGUUCCUCUGGUUGCACCAUCUGCUUUAAAUUCCACCACUGUGGUUACCACAGUUUACCAGGAGCCUAUAAUGAGUCAAGGGGCUGCACUGGGUGAUGAGUCUCAGGUUCUAGUCAAAGAGGAAGAGAAGAAGCAACUGGAUGAUGAACCGAUGGAUAUGGUGGUGGAAAAACAAGAGGACACUGAUAAGAAUAUAAAUCAGAUAUUGAGUGACAUUGCCGAAGCGAAAAUGUCAGAGGAACUAAAACCAAUGGACACUGAUAAAGAGAGCAUGGCCGAAUCAAAAUCUCCUGAGAUGUCAAUGCAGGAUGAUUGUGGUAGUGAUGUUGCACCUAUGCAGACAGACGAGCAAAUGAACAAGGAGCAGUUCAUUCCUGGUCCCCAUGAGAAGCCGUUAUAUGAUGCAGAGCCAGUGACUCUGGAAGACCUACAGUUACUUGCAGACUUGUUCUAUCUCCCAUAUGAACAUGGGCCCAAAGGGGCACAAAUGUUACGAGAGUUCCAGUGGCUCAGAGCAAAUAGUAGUGUUGUUAGUGUGAAUUGCAAAGGAAAGGACUCUGAAAAGAUUGAAGAAUGGCGUGCUCGAGCUGCCAAGUUUGAAGAGAUGUGUAACUUGGUGAUGGGCAUGUUCACUCGUCUUUCCAACUGUGCCAACCGGACAAUCCUCUACGAUAUGUACUCAUAUGUCUGGGACAUCAAGAGCAUCAUGUCAAUGGUGAAAUCUUUUGUGCAGUGGCUAGGGUGUCGUAGUCAAUCUUCAGCACAGUUCUUAAGUGGAGACCAAGAACCCUGGGCCUUUAGAGGUGGUCUAGCAGGAGAGUUCCAGCGUUUGCUGCCUAUCGAAGGAGCAAAUGAUCUCUUUUUUCAGCCACCUCCUCUGACUCCUACUUCCAAAGUCUACACCAUCAGACCCUAUUUUCCUAAAGAUGAGGAAUCUGUCUACAAGAUUUGCAGAGAAAUGUAUGAUGAUGGAACUGAUCAGCCUUUCCAUAGCCAGCCAGAUCUAAUUGGAGACAAGCUGGUAGGUGGCUUGCUGUCUCUCAGCCCAGAUUACUGCUUUGUCUUGGAGGAUGAAGAUGGCAUCUGUGGCUAUGCUCUGGGUACUGUUGAUGUGACUCCCUUCAUUAAGAAAUGCAAACUUGCCUGGAUUCCUUUCAUGCAGGAGAAGUAUAGCAAGCCAAGCAGUGAUAAGGAGUUAUCAGAGGCCGAGAAAAUCAUGUUAAGCUUCCAUGAGGAACAAGAAAUUAUGCCAGAAACAUUCCUUGCCAAUUUCCCAUCACUGAUAAAGAUUGAUAUCCACAAAAAGGUGACUGAUCCAAGUGUAGCUAAAAGCAUGAUGGCCUGUCUGCUUUCUUCUCUUAAGGCAAAUGGUUCCCGUGGGGCCUUCUGUGAAGUCAGACCAGAUGAUAAAAAAAUCCUGGAAUUUUAUAGCAAGUUGGGAUGCUUUGAAAUAGCUAAAAUGGAGGGAUUUCCGAAAGAUUUUGUUAUCCUUGGAAGGAGCUUGUAAGGAGGAUUGUCAACAUUUCAUAUACUGUAAUCACUGACCUGUUGGAGAGUGGUGAGCCUGAGAUUUAUCUUAUGGUCUGUCCGUGCAAAGGCAGCAGUCAGCUGGCCUGACAGGAAUUAUAUGAAAAAUCUCCAAUUACUCUCUCUCAGAUGCUGCUUAAAACACAAACUGAUGUUGGUCAUCUUCAUUUCCUGGUCUUAAGCCAAGUGCCAAGGAAUACUGCAUAUGAUGUAGCCUUGGGAAGAGAUCCGCAUGAAUUCCCAAGGAGUCACUGGUGGCAGUUCAUACGCCCACUCCUAUAUUCAAUAGAAUGGCUGUUCUCCAUUCCCCCUGUUUCAUGAUGUGAGAUAUUUCUAGAGGGAAACUGGGUGCCUGUGUUGGCUGACAAGCAAAAGAUGAAUGUGGACAACUCUGGGCUUUGUUGGCUGUCAUGUUUACUGAUGGGGGAAUGAAUGGCCAUUGCCUCUAAAGGAUAUUGGUUAAGCUUUGUGCUUUGUAGGGAUAAAUUGUGCAUUUGUCUGUGGCAAGGUCACUCAGUGGCAGAAGUGUAAAUUUCAGUGUGUAAAUAUAUAUAAACUUGCUGUAUGCUGACACUUUUGUGUUUAAUCGUUUUGUAAUUAUUUUGCUUUCCAAAGCAAAGUGGUAUCAUUUUGAGACAGCACUUUUAAAUAAUGUUUAAACAGAGGCUGAAGCCAACUUCACUACUGGCCUUUUCUGUGGUGCCUCAUUACUUUCACUAGAAAUCCCAAUUUGGGAAAAAAGUGCUGAUCUAGAAAGGUUGUUCCUUUAGAGGAUAAAUUCUCAAAAAGGUGGAAUUAACACUGUCUCCUACUGGGAGAAAACUGGUCAGAGGACAAUCCAGGAUGACCACUAUUGCCACUGACAACCAGCCCAUUGCCCAGCUGCAUUGGGAGGGAAGAAGGAGGGAGGACUGUUGGUUGCCGUUCCCCUUUCUCCUGUGGCAAGGAGUCAAAUUACAGCAGGGUCUUCAAGUCAUGCACAUUUGUGACACUUUUUUUGUGGACAAAAUAAGCACAUUUUACAAAUAAUUCAAGUAGAUGCUUAAUUUUAGCAUUACUGCCUGUUCCCAACAUGUAAAGGUCUUACCAAACUGACAUGUGGAACCUGCAUGGCUAGGAAUUGUAGUAAGGCGGUAGUUGAAGAGUUUUUACUUUUCCAUUUAAUGCCUUGUUCCCACUAGAUAAUCAGCCAACGUCACACCUCAUUUCUUUCAUCUUCUGUAUCAACCGUAUUUGCUUCUGUUCAAAAUAUUUCUUUUAAAAAGGAUGGAAGUUGAAUGAACUUUUUAAAAACUCCUCCCUCUGUGUAAACUUGGAAGGAGGUUUAUCUGUUUUCUUCAAAUGGCAAUUUAUUGGCAGUGCAGUUUACAGCCUCCUUUGGGAAGCUGGCGUUUGGCCUUGGUUAUAGUUAUACUCGCAGGUUGAUUUUCUUUCACUGCGCGAACUGUUUUAAUAGCAGCGUAUUUAAACAGCAAAUACAUUCACUUGGGGACUGAGACACUGAACUAUGAUGAAAGAUCAUGUAUAAUCCCAAUGUGACUGUGUUGAGUCUGUUCUGGCUUUGCAUACAUACAGAGCACCUGGACACUUCAUUUAGUUUUAAUUAGAUGUCAGAAAGAAAGAAAAAAGUGUAUUUACGGCAUUAUACAUUGGGGGGAGGGGGAGAGAUCUUGAUUUUUCUACUGUUAAGCUGAACUCUUAUAUAAUUAUCACUGUUUUAAGUUAGUUGUGUGAUGGUCUGGAAAAUGUGGGUCAGUCCCUUGCUCUGAGGUUGUAAAGUGAGACAUUGACACAGCUUUCAAGGCUAUCAUGUUUCAUUGCAUAUAAUUAGAAUACCACUUUCAUGACUGUCUUUAGACCUACUGUAUCUGUAGCAGAACAACAGACUGUGUAAAAUUGUUUUUGGAGACCAUGUGAGAAAUAGAAUAAAUUGCAAAGUGAAUGUAAAGACAUGUCUCUGUAUAAUGUUGCAAAUUGAGGAAAGUGGGAGGAGAAGCUUCAUGCUGUGCUUUAGAGCAGUCUACUGAUUAUAUGGCAGAGGUGAGUAGCUUGGCCCUAAGGUAUAGCAAAUACGCUUCUGAACUGUGUCCAUUGUCUAUUAAGUGUAAAUGUGCUAUUCUGUAUAUGUAUUCAUGAAUUCAAAGGAAGUACAGUACAUAUAAAAGCGAGGGUAGCCAUAAUUGACUACAAAGCUAAAUUAAUAUGGAUUUUUGGGUUGUAGAAGCUUGUUUUGAAGAUGAUGAAAUUUAAGUUUAUAUCUAGAAAUCAUAAAACAUAUCUAGAAGUAAAGUAUUUUAACCCAAUUAAAAGCCUAUAAAGCUAAAGUAAUAGUUCCUCACAACAGACUGUUUUGAAGGAAGGGAGAAGUAGACAGGAAAGCUACAUAGGAAACUGAAGCUUACUCUUGCCAGAACAUUUAUCCUGUAGAUUAUUGUAGUGUCUGAAAGCUCACACUGCAUAUUUUAAACCUGUAUAAUCAACUAGACAUGUUAUUUUAAAAACAUCUUUCUACUAGGUUGUUGGGUAUGUGUUCUUUUAUCUUUAGCCCACUCUAGAAUAAGAAUAGUAUAUAAGGGCAUGGAGAAUACCAUCAAUGACUGCUGUACUUAUUUGUGGGACUAAUGACAGCAUACACAUAUUUUCAUGUACACACUGAGAAAAAUGACACAUGGGUGAGUGCAGUCAAGGGCUUUUGAGCUUCUGAUGGCCUUUUCAGAAUAACCCUUUUAUUGCAGUUACAAAGCAAUAAAGGACAUGAUGAAUGCCAGUACCUAGGUCCUCUGUAACACUGGUUUGCUGUAGUUUAUUAUGUCAAAGUAACUGAUCACCAUGUAGACAUGUUUAUGAAGAAAGCUUGGGAACCUUUCCAUUUAAGAGGCCAUUGUUUAUUUCUUGGAGUGGGUUAAUUCCCUAAUAGGGCUGCUGCUCACAAGAAAACAUCUGACAUGAAGGUCCUCUUUAUCCUAAGAAUGCCAGCUGCACACCUCCCUAGUUGUUGUGUGUUAAAUCUCAUCUUUCUCGCAAGUUUUAUAUUGAGAUUUGUUCUACAGAGAAAACUGCCAUUCCUAAACACCAACAGGGACCACUGCUAAUCACAUGUACGUCGACCUAUUGUUAGGUUAUGUGAAAGCCAAACUGGUUUGUUCCUUUUUGUUGUUUGUCUUUUCUUCCUCUUUAUAUUUUUUUAUCCCAUGUUCCUUAUCUUAAAUAAAGUCUUCAGCUUGGAA